UACUGUGGGGAGACUAUUUCCUUUUGUGAAUACGGCCCAUGUUUGCUUUAUGAUUUGUUUCAGGUUUUUAUCAAACAAGUUGCUGACUUUCCAAUUUUCAUCCUUUUAUACACACAAUGGCUUUAUUCUUUUUUUUUUUUUUUUAGUUUGAAGUAUUUGCAUGAUGGCUGCACCAGUGAAACUGCGGAUUGUCUUUGGUGCCAAUAAUGCUGAAAAGCUGACCAUAGAAUCGGGCAUGCCAAAGUCUGUGGAGGAUCUUUCAAAUGAGAUCAAACGUCAGUUUGAUAUAGAGGGGGACAUUUGACUCCAGUACAUGGACAGCGACUUUGAUAACUUUGUUAACCUUAAUCAAAUUAGUGAUAUACAAGACAAGAGUACAGUGAAAGUCAUCUCAUUGUCAGAUGCUUCAGAUGUCAGUCAAGGCUGUUUGAACCAGAGUGGUGAAGACACAUCUUCGUCCUCUGAUACAAUAAUACUCUCCUCCCCUGACUCAGCGACCGCUCGAUCACAGUGGCCUACAGAAUUUCAAAUAACUACGUUUCCAUAUGAUGUGGAGAUGCAACUUCAAAGUGCAAACCAGGCCUUCAUGUCAAGCAGAGUUCUCCUAAACCCCAGCCACAAACUGAAAUCAGACAUCUUGGAAAGUCUGGCAGAGCAAAUAAUUAAGUUAAAGGCGUAUCCUUCAAAUUUGGAAAUAGAAUCUGUUGCUGAAGCUUUAAUCAAAGCUCACCCAUGUUUGAGGGAACAAGGAUCCUCUAGUGGUUACUAUGGAUGGAAAAUUAGCCUCAAAUACAAGAUGGCCAACUAUAGGACAAAGCUAAGAAACUUGGGGUGCCCAGAGAUGAGCAUUAAUUCCCUCAAGAACAAACCUGCAGAUAAGUGCCAGCCGGCCUAUAACGUUAAAAAACCCAGAAAGGCAGAAGUAAAUUUCUGCCCCCCCCCCUAUCCUGCUGGAGAGACCCAGGAAAGCCUUGAAAGCAAAAGAGUGUCACUGUUGUCCGAGGUCAAAAAAAGACACAACAAUGCAGUUAUCAAGGAGAGGAUGGCCAAGACCUUUGCGUAUAAGAGACAGGAGGUAGUCCGAGACAAACCCAUGAUUGCAGAGAUCAAGACCAGAUGGCCAGGACUGUUCACUGUGCCUGAGGUGGAAGCAGAAUUUCUGAGGAUUACCACUGUUCCCCUCGUCACAAUGCUUUUUGCACAAUUUGACCACCACGCUGAUCAGCUCAUCAGAGUGCUGAAGAAGAUGGGUGGAUCUAAAGGAAAGAAAAUUAACCUCGCCUUUGCCCCUACUGCACAGAAUGAAACCGUUGAAAAGAAGAGCGAGUGCCGCCUCAGGGCACUUUGUAUCUAAAUGAAUAUCCAAGCAGUCUCUUCAAAGAGUAUCUGGAUUCAGAUGGCUGUGCUGCCCAGAGGGACCUUGAGCAAGUUGUGUUUGGCAUCUACAGCAUUAAUGCCAGCACCACUCCAGUUGGUGUUGGAAUAGUGAUUGAGGGUGUUGAAGUGCUUCACGACUUGGGAGUUUAUAUACCUUUUUUCUUUGUGUGACACGCACCACUGUUCUGGGUGACAUGUUUUGUCAUGUAAAGCAUAUACAGAUGCUUAAAAACAAACUGUAUGAGUGAACCAACAUUGAGCACUUAAAAGUUUGUGGCAUUUGACAUAAAGGCCUGCUUUGCACUUGAAACCAUUUAAUUCACACUUGAAAGAUUAUAUAUAUUUUUUCUGUUUUUGUGACACGUGCCACUGUUCUGGGUAACAUGCAUGUAAAGCGUGUCCAGAGCUGGUUUUUUUGGGGGUUUUUUUAGGUAAAGAUAACCAACUUUAAAUGCUGCCACUCAUGGGUAUGUUUAACUUUUUUUUUAUCUUUUGUAAAACAGAAUUUGAUAAACAGUUGUGUUGGUGAAA